AUGGAGACAUCCGCAAAGACAAACGAGAAUGUCCAGGAUGGGGAUGGCUCUUCACCCAGAUUGGCAAGGAUCUGCUCAACAGACCGAAGGAGACCAGUCGGGAGAGAAGCGCGGCGGGGCGGCCGGCGCUCGCGCGCUGGGAGGCAAGCCCGAGGUCGAGGCGGCGAGCCAGGGCGGGUGCUGCUCCUGAGCCUCGGGGAACGACGUCGGCGCGGCGGCCGCGCGCCGGGCUCGGCCCUGUGCGGCCUGUUCGCGAGGGAGGCGUGUGGCACCGGGCAGCCUCGGGCGAGCCACGCUCGCCUUCGGGGGCCGGUGCACCCAGGCUGGCGUGGGCCGAGCUCGCAGUUGGAGGCCAGGGAGGCGUCGGAGGCGCCGUUGCCGAAUGCCCUGGACACUUUGUGA